AGCCGCGGUCGCUGUCGCUCCCGACUCGGUCUUCGAGGCCGCCGCAGCCGCUGGCGCCUAAGGAGGGAGCGGACCGUGGGCCCGGGUCCUGUCAGUGGAGUUCGAGCCCUGGGCUGCCGCGGCCGCCUCCGUCUAGUGCCUGAACCGCCGUGAGAAGCCGGGGCCGGAGCACCGCGGGCUGAGUGGCCGCGGGGGAGCUGAGACUGCUGGAGAAGAAGGCGGCGGAGGAGGCGGAGGCGCAGGUCUGGGCGCUCCUGGAGCUAGGAGGAGGCCAAGGGGACCAUGUCCGGGAGGAGCGCCCAACUCUCCACUACAGAACGCGUCAUCAAAGCCGUUCCCUUUCCUCCAACUCAACGGCUUACUUUGAAGGAAGUAUUUGAAAAUGGGAAACCUAAAAUUGACGUUUUGAAAAGCCAUUUGGUGAAGGAAGGCCGACUGGAAGAGGAAGUAGCCUUGAAGAUAAUCAAGGAUGGGGCUGCCAUACUGAGACAAGAGAAGACUAUGAUAGAAGUAGACGCUCCAGUCACAGUGUGUGGUGACAUUCAUGGACAGUUCUUUGACCUGAUGAAGCUGUUUGAAGUUGGAGGAUCACCUAGUAACACACGCUACCUCUUUCUGGGUGACUAUGUGGAUAGAGGCUAUUUCAGUAUAGAGUGUGUGCUCUAUUUAUGGAGUUUAAAGAUUAAUUAUCCCAAAACAUUGUUUCUACUUCGAGGCAAUCAUGAAUGCAGGCAUCUUACAGAAUACUUCACCUUCAAACAGGAAUGUCGAAUCAAAUAUUCUGAAGAGGUGUAUGAUGCAUGUAUGGAUACAUUUGACUGUCUUCCUCUUGCUGCGCUCUUAAAUCAGCAGUUUCUGUGUGUACAUGGAGGGAUGUCACCGGAAAUUACUUGUUUAGAUGACAUUAAGAAAUUAGACAGGUUUAAAGAACCUCCAGCCUUUGGGCCAGUGUGUGACCUGCUUUGGUCUGAUCCCUCAGAGGAUUAUGGCAGUGAAAAGACCUUGGAGCACUAUACCCACAACACUGUCCGAGGAUGCUCUUAUUUCUACAGCUACCCUGCAGUUUGUGAAUUUUUGCAGAACAAUAAUUUGUUGUCAAUAAUCAGAGCCCAUGAAGCCCAAGAUGCUGGGUAUCGAAUGUACAGGAAGAGCCAAACAACAGGCUUUCCAUCACUCAUUACAAUUUUCUCUGCCCCGAAUUACCUAGAUGUCUAUAACAAUAAAGCUGCUGUGCUGAAAUACGAAAACAAUGUCAUGAAUAUCAGGCAGUUUAACUGUUCUCCACACCCUUACUGGCUUCCAAACUUUAUGGAUGUUUUCACGUGGUCUUUGCCUUUUGUUGGAGAGAAAGUCACAGAGAUGCUGGUUAACAUUCUCAACAUAUGCUCUGAUGAUGAACUAAUUUCCGAUGAUGAAUCCUUAGAAGGAGGCACGACAGUCCGUAAGGAGAUCAUCAAGAAUAAAAUCAGAGCCAUUGGGAAGAUGGCACGAGUCUUUUCAAUUCUUCGGGAAGAGAGUGAGAGUGUGCUGACUCUCAAGGGCCUGACUCCUACUGGUACACUCCCUCUGGGUGUCCUCUCAGGAGGAAAGCAGACUAUUCAGACAGCCACAGUAGAAGCCGUAGAGGCCCGGGAAGCCAUCAGAGGGUUUUCGCUUCAGCACAAGAUCCGGAGUUUUGAAGAAGCCCGAGGUCUGGACCGAAUUAAUGAGCGGAUGCCACCCCGAAAAGAUAGUGUACACCCUGAUGGGCCAGUGAAAUUGGUAACCCCUGUACAUCCAAACGCUGUACACAGGAGCGACCCAGGGAAGAAAACCCAGUAGUGGUCAGAAUGGCACAGGUGGAUCCAAACCUUAAGAACAAAUUUUAUUUAUUUAUUAUUGGAAAACAAAACAAACUUAAGCAACUUAAACUUGGAGGUGCAUUCAUAAUUGCAGUCUGCAUUUAUUCUGUAAGAAAGGUGACCGUUUUAUAAAUUCUUUUAAUUUAUCUUCAAUAUAUAUAAAAAGUACAUUUGUGUUUUCUCUUUUUCCCUGAUUUUUAGAAAAUGAUCUGACUGUUGUUGAUACAUAUAUGAAGUCUUGUGCUAUGAAGAUGACCUUCCCCUAAUAAAAGGGCCUUAGAAACCACAGCCUUGGGUUUGUGGCAUGAACUAAUUAACCUUUACUCCUGGUUUUUUGGAAGGUGACAUCUUUCAUUUAAGAUGAAUAACUAUUCACGUGCUAGAGGUUUGUGGUUGUUUUCUUUUUUUCUUUCUGCUUCGCGGCCAUUGAAGAAGGUCUCUUAGAUUCAGUGGCUAAACCUGUGGAAAACCUGAUUAUGGUGGCACUUCUACCUGAAUAACCCCAAACCCCGUGAUUAAUUAUAAGGGCCAAGGGAAAUGUUUACCAUAAUAACCUAAUUUGUUCUGGACUCUCCAUUCCUUUCACUGUGUUCUAGUAAAGUAAAUAAAAAAUACUAAUGAGAGAUUUUCUUAGAAUUACUUAAAACUUAUCCAUCUAACCAUGGGCCUAAUUUGAAAAUAUCUUUAGAAUUUUGGAGAAGAAAGAGACGUUGAAAAAGCUUUAACUGAUGACAGAUACUUUUGCUUUCGAUUUUGAAUCACAGGUGACCUACCCCAUCUGCAAAGGAAGUUACAUUUUCUAAGUAUUUUAUAAAUGCCCUCAGCAGAACCUUAGACAGCAAGAAGUAUUUAUGCCCUUCUAUGAAAUCGACUCGACAGCACAGGGUUUUUGGGUUUUUUUUUAAUGCUGUUGCAUGAAAUCGACUCGACAGCACAGGGUUUUUGGUUUUUUUUUAAUGCUGUUGCACCAGUAAUUGCAGCCAUUCUCUCCAUCUUCCUUCUGAUUUUCUGUGUCAGUUUUUCCGAAGUCAACUGGGGCUAUGAAAACUGACUAGGGUAGAAUGAUCUCAGUGUGAGUUGAAAGUCUUGCCAAAGGGCCUUGGAUAAGUGAGGAUUUCCUGUCUUCUAUAUCAACCACUAGGAUGUUUCUCCAUCUUUUAACACUCAUUAGAUUGAACUAUAUACGUCAUUAGCAUAUUUUGGAAUACCAAAACAAGUAUUCAUAUAUAAUAUUUUGAAAAAUCUUCCUUUAGUUUGUUUUUCAAGUCACUAACAACUACUUAAGGAAAUUUUGGAGAUCCUUAGGCUCCCACUUUUGGCUUAGACUGGUCACGGCACCGUAUUUGUUGGUCAGUUCUGCAGUGAAUGUGCAUAUCUGGGCAUACUAUAUCAAAGCAUGGAAAUGCAAAUUUAUGGAAUUCCUUAAUGUCUUUAGGGACAUGAGUUUCCAGCAUUGAAGCAAGUAUCUCAGAUAGUAGUGCUUCACGUUGGGACCUUGAAGGAAACUAGAAACCUUCCUCAAAAAAACAUAAUUUUUAUUAGAAGAUCGAGGAUUUAGCCCACCUGCCUCAGUUUUCCUAUACCUUUUGCUAGUAGUUUCCAAUUUUUUUUGACAGAGAUCAAAGCCCUUCUGGGAACUGGAACCUGGUGGCAUAAAUUGGGAAACCCUGGUGGCGUAGUGGUUAAGUGCUAUGGCUGCUAACCAAAGGGUUGGCAGUUUGGAUCCACCAGGUGCACCUUGGAAACUAUGGGGCAGUUCUACUCUGUCCUAUAGGGUCUCUAUGAGUCGGAAUCGACUCGACGGCACUGAGUUUGGUUCGGUUUUUGGUUUGGCGUGAAUUGCUUUGUUAAUAAAAAGUAGGAAGGAUAUUGUGGAAGGAGAUAAGAAUCUCUUACUAGGUUGUAAGCAAAACCUAUAAAGAAGGGAGAAAAAGUGUUGAGUAUCUGUCUUCUUUACUCAGAGGGAAUUAAUUGCCUGGACAAGCCUCAUACUCCUCAUCCCCACAUCCCAGUAUUAGAAAAGAUAGUUGUCUUUAGAAGUCUCCCCUAUUAUGAAAGUCAGGCCUAAGUGACAGAUUUCAUAGAUGAGAAUCUCUUAUCCCUUUCUCCUUUCAUUGGGACUAUUGGCAGACAUAUACAACCCACACAAAGGUAGAAACCAUUUUUAAGGGCCUAAGUCCGCAAAAAAAAAAAAAAAAAUUUUUUUUUUUUAAGUCCGCAGGCCAUAGUGAAAUAGUUAUUACAAAUCUUUGUAAGCAAAAAAUAAUACUUGCUAGUAAAAAAGGUGAACAUUUAGGAAUGUCUUCAUUAUAGUCUGUAAAAGUUGUAGUGUGAUAAAAGCAAGUUUCCUUGACGGAAGCUUCGCAAAAGGAUGUUUUUUACAAGUACCCUUUGUGGUGUUGAGGGAUCAGCAGAGGAGAAAGGUAAGAAGUCAUGAUCCAAGAAAAUCUGAGUGAGUUUAAGAUAGAGCAACCAUAGCUCUUAAAGGGAACUAGGUAUGAAAAUUCUGUUGAAUUCUAAAGGUAAAGGUAUUUCUUAUGUUCUCUAGAAAGGUAGGGUGUGUAUUUCCACAGUUUAGAAAGUUGUGUGGUAAAUGUGUCUCAAUGGUAUAAACAAGUUUCUUAAAAUGAGACUCUCAAUUAAUGUACCUACGUAUGUAUUUGCACCUAUGACUCAAAAUAGUUUAGAAAGCGUGAACUGUAGGAAUGCGCUGUAAUAACUGCGUUUUCUUCACUUUAGACGUCAUUGGAGAAUUUUAAUAUUUUUAAUGUUUUAAUCUAAACAAUAGCUCCCAAGGAGGCUGGAUGCCUGCCCUGGGUUUGCUCUAGGACUGCUGCUCCUGCCUGGGGCCAUUGUUUCAAGCAAGCAGAUACUUUUUUUUUUCCCUAACUUUCAUUUAUUUUGUUGUUGUUGAGAAUAUACACAGAAAAACAUACACCUAAUUCAACAUUUUCACAGGUACAAUUUAGUGACGUUGAUUACAUUCUUCAAGUUGUGCAACCAUUCUCACCCUCUUUUUCUAAGUUGUUCCGCCCUCAUUAACAUAAACCCACUGCCCCUUAAGGGUCCUAACUAAUCUUUCCUAUUGCUGUUGUCAAUUUGAUCUGAUAUAGAUAGCUCUUAAAAGAGCAUAAUGCUCAAGCCAGACUUUUUUUUACCAGUUAAGCUAAACUGUUGUUCAGUUUUAAGAUGACUUCAGGAGAUAUUUUUGGUUUAAGGUUUAAAGAUCAUCUCAGAGCAAUGGUUUCAGGGAUUCAUCUAUCCUCCAUGGUGCCAGCAAGUCUGGAGUCCAUGAGAAUUUGAAAUCCUUUUCUGCAUUUUCUCCCUUUUAAUCAGGAUUCUUCUGUGGAAUCUUUGAUCAAAAUGUUCAAUAAUAGUAGCUGGCUACCAUCCAGUUCUUCUGGUUUCAUGGCAAAGGAGGCAGUUGUUCAUGAAAGUAAUUAGCUACACGUUCCAUAUCCUGUUCCUAUUCUUGAGUCUUCUUCCUCUGUUGCUCCAGGUGAAUACAGACCAACUGUCGUACCUUGGAUAGCCACUUCCAAGCUGUAAGACCCCAGGUACUACACAGUGAACUAGGAGGUAUAACAGAAACACUAAAGACAUUAUUAGGCCAAUUAACUGGGAUGUUCCAUGAAAUCAUGACCCUAACCCUCUAAACCAAGGAACCAAAUCCCAGGAGAAGUGAAGUCUUGAUGCAUGCUACAGUAUGGAUGGAGCUUGAAGACAUUAUGCUGAGCGAAAUAAGCCAAUCACAAAAAGACAAAUAUUGUAUGACCUCACUUAUAUAAGACGACAAGAAAAGGCAAAUGUACAGGGACCAAAGUUUAUUAGUGGUUACUAGGGGUGGGAGGGAGGAAGAAAAGGGGGGUUAACAAUGCUAGAAAAAUUGCAUUAAGGGUAGGGUUGCACAGCCGAUUAUUCUAAUUGCUGUCAAUAAGUUAUACACCUGUAAAAAGUUGAAUUGGCAGAAGUUGUAUGAUCGAUAUUGUCUUAGUCACCUAGUGCGGCUAUAACAGAAAAACCACAGGUGGAUGACUUUAACAGAGAAAAGUUUAUUUUCUCACAGUAAAGUAGGCUAGAAGUUCAAAUUCAUUGUCGGCUCCAGGCGAAGGCUUUCUCUCUCUGUCCGCUCUGGAGGAUGAUCUUUCUCCUCAGUCUUCCCCCGGACUAGGAGCUUCUCUGCGUAGGAACCCCGGGUCUAAAGGACACGCUCUGCUCCCGGUGCUUCUUUCUUGGUGGUAUGAGGUUUCCGUGUCUCUCUGCUUGCUUCUUUCUUUUAUAUCUCAAGGGAUUGCCUCAAGACACAAUCCAAUCUUGAGUCCUGCCUCACUAAGACAACAGCCACCCAUCCUUCCUCAUUGACAUCAUAGAGGCAGGAUUUACAACCUAUAGGAAAAUCACUCAAUACUGGGAGUCAUGGCCUAGACAAAUUGAUACACACAUUUUUGGGGGGACAUAAUUCAAUCCAUGACAGAUAUAUUUAGAACAAUGACAAAAAAAAAAAAAAUAGCAGCUGAGGCUGCAAGCAGGUACUUAAACUGCUGUCAAAGCUCUGUGCAGUAUUGGUGUUUUCAAAGGCUCUUCUGUUUUAUUAAAGUCUUCCUCCUGCAUUUUCUAAAGAUACUAAAAAUACUGUUCUCUUGUUCUCCGUCACAUUAAGGGCCACAGGACCUUCUAUUUCUGUAACUUCUCCCAUCAAAGGGAAAAAGAAAGAAAAAAAAAAUCUUUCAUCAGUUCUCUAGACAUGUAGGAGGACUUUUUUGUAAACUUAUCUGAACUACCAUUUUGAAAAUGACACUUCCUAUGGAACAUGUUUCCCAGUUUUGGUUACAGCCACAUCCUAUGAAAUUUAAAAUUAAUCAGUUGACUUUUUUUUUUUUUUUUAAUAAAAAAAAUCAUCUAACAAGUUUAAAAUAUACAUUUAUAAUCUUUGUGUUCUGAGUGUUUAGAACAAAAGUAAAAGCCAUAAGCCAAGGCAUGUUUCGUGUGUGUGUGUGUGUGUGUGUGUGUGUGUGUGU